AUGAACCCGCCCGAGGACAUCCGGGAUCUGUGGACCAAGGCCACGCUGUCACAGGUGGAUGGGUCUGUGUCCCUGAACAUAAUCUAUGAAGACCUCGAAUCACAGAGCAGUUACUCAAGUUCCAAGACUGAUCCUCAGUGGAGCGUCAGCAAAGAGUCCCUCAUGCACAUCUGGAAAAGACCGGAGUCCGAAGAGAACAUCUCGCUGCAAAAGUCCAGCACCUUCACGGAUAAGAUCAGCCUGAGGAAGCUGUUAGAGCGGGACAAGCCUAUAUACAGAAAAGCCUCUUCAAUCGUACCCGGUGCCCAUAAGUACGCACCCCAUAAACCUUACUGGAUGGAGCAGCACACCAGGCUGCCGCUGCCACUGGAGGAACUGAUGGAAAACGAAGUUCUGGAAAUCCUCACCAAAGCUCUCAAAAGCUACCAGUCCUUAAUCGGCGUUGACCACGUCCUGACAAUGCAACUGCAGGGACAAGUGCUAGUUAUUAAAUAA